UUGUUUCAUCUUUCAUGUAUUUUCAGGUUCAGAUUCAGAUUCCUCUUCACUUUCUAAGUUCAACAACUCCACUAAUCACAUGCCAUUACCAUUAAUGUAGUUGGUUCCAGCAACUCAAAACCUCAUCCACAUUCUUCUUCUUCUUCUUCUUCUUCACAGAGCCAUGAAGCUGUGGCCCCUACCCACGUGGCACACGGCAUUUGCAUGCGCACUCUUCUUCACUGCUUUAACACUUUGCGUUUCUGAAGCUGUUGCUGCUGGAACACUCAACCCAACACCGCGCUCUUCGCCUUCGCUACCUUUCAUUUGGCCACUCCCUGCCGCAUUCACCUUCGGCAAUCACACUCUCUCCGUCGACCCUGCCCUCUCUCUCGCCGGAAAUGCCGCCUCCUCCGCCAUUCUCAGGGCGGCGUUUGAUAGGUACAGAGGGAUCGUCUUCAAGCACUCUGAUCGCUAUGGUUUUCUCAGAACUCUCAGGACUACCUAUGAUGUUUCCAAAUUGCAGAUCAAUGUUCAAUCUCACAGCGACCAGCUUCAACUUGGAGUGGAUGAAAGCUAUAGUUUGUUCGUUUCAAAUGCCGAGUUGCAUUCCGGAGUAGUCACAAUUGAGGCAAACACUGUUUUUGGUGCAUUGCGUGGAUUAGAGACAUUCAGUCAGUUGUGUUCGUUUGACUACACAACUAAAACGGUACAAAUAAACAAGGCGCCUUGGUCCAUCCGAGAUAAACCUAGAUUUGCAUACCGUGGGCUUAUGUUGGAUACAUCGAGGCACUAUUUACCAAUUGAUGUGAUUAAGCAGAUAAUUGAAUCUAUGUCAUAUGCUAAGCUUAAUGUUCUGCAUUGGCAUAUCAUAGACGAGCAGUCAUUUCCUCUAGAGGUGCCGUCAUAUCCAAAUCUGUGGAAAGGUUCUUACACAAAAUGGGAACGUUACACUGUGGAGGACGCAUAUGAAAUUGUCAACUUUUCAAGAAUGAGAGGUAUAAAUGUGAUGGCAGAAGUGGAUGUCCCUGGUCAUGCAGCAUCAUGGGGUGUCGGAUAUCCUAGUCUUUGGCCAUCACCCUCAUGUAAGGAGCCACUAGACGUUUCAAAGGAUUUUACAUUUGAUGUCCUUUCUGGAAUUUUGUCAGAUAUGAGAAAAAUAUUUCCAUUCGAGCUAUUUCAUUUGGGUGGUGAUGAAGUUAAUACAGAUUGCUGGAGCAAUACUUCUCAAGUGACUCACUGGCUUUCUCAGAACCGCUUGACUCCCAAAGCUGCAUAUGAAUAUUUUGUACUGAAGGCCCAAGAGAUAGCUCUUUCGAAAAGAUGGAGUCCUGUAAACUGGGAAGAAACCUUCAACUCAUUUCCAGCUAAGCUCCAUCCGAAGACUGUAGUUCAUAACUGGUUGGGCCCUGGAGUUUGUCCAAAGGCAGUUGCAAAAGGUUUCAGGUGCAUUUUCAGCAACCAAGGUGUCUGGUAUUUGGACCAUCUAGAUGUACCAUGGGAAGAUGUCUAUACUGCCGAGCCACUAGAAGGAAUCCGAAAAGUUUCGGAACAAAAACUUGUACUUGGAGGAGAAGUUUGCAUGUGGGGCGAGACGGUGGAUACAUCAGAUGUUCAGCAAACAAUAUGGCCUCGAGCUGCUGCUGCAGCAGAACGCCUGUGGAGUCCGAGAGAUCAUACUACUAGAAACAUAAAUAUUACGACGCUGCCGCGGUUGCAAUACUUCAGAUGCUUGUUGAAUAGAAGAGGGGUUGCAGCUGCUCCUGUGACAAACUUCUAUGGUAGGACUGCACCUACUGGUCCUGGCUCAUGCUUUGAUCAAUGAUCUUAUUCUAAUAGCUAUUGAACAGUUGAUGAGCUAGAAUUGUAACUUUAUAAUUGAGUUAAAAUCCAUGUUGUAAGUUAUUGUUGAAUGAAUAAAUAAUAGCCGGUUAUUUAUCUUUGGAAUCAAAGCUCAAGUUUAGUUGUAAAAAUAUGAUACAUAACCAACGAUUAUUCAACAUGAUACUUGUAAAA